AUGGGCAUGGAAACCUCACUGGGCCCAGUCGAGUAUGUUGUUGCGGGAAAUAAUCCAGGGGAGUGGCUCGAGGUGAAACGAGCCGUGCUAUUACAAUCGCCGGUCUUAAAGGGAUGGAUCGAGGACCCCACCACCUGUCCCUUCAGGAAAGACGGGGCGAUUCAUCUGGACGCCUGUGAACCCGAGGUGGUGAAGGAGGUGUUUUUCCAGAUGGAGAACGGUUACUUCGAGCGGCAACAUGGUGCGUUGACCUACGCCAGAAUUUACAAGCUUGCUCUGGCACUUGGCCUUAGCAUCCUAGGCCACGUGGCCCUGUUUGCUUUGAAAAGAUGCAGUUUCAGCGCGGAAACGUUUCUGGAUAUUGCCAUCAAAGCAGCCUCUGAUGGGCUCCAAGACGACCGCGACUUUCGAGAUUGGAUCACAGAGACUUUUAUCGAUCACCGUGGGGAGAUCAAGAGGUCCCAUGCCUUCUCCAUGGUCAUUACGCAAGGAAGUCAGAAUACACGCCUCUUGUACGAACUAUUAAUGACUUGUCUUGUGUCCGCGGAGAGGGAUAGAGACAUCAAUAGGCACGGAGAGAAAGGUCGGCUGUCCUUAUGA